AUGCAACAUAGCCACCAUCAGCAGCACACAGCAGCACCCUCCACCGCAGCAGCAGCCCCCCACGCCCCUCACGCCCCUCCACACUCCUCCCCCUCAUCACGCUAUGCUACUGUUCGCCUGGCAGCGGAGCGGCGGCUGGUGAGGGUGGUGAGGGCGUCGGUGGCAGGCGGCGCACAGCUGGGCGCGCUGGCAGGCGUCUUCUCCGCCUCGCAGCUGGGCCUGCGCGCUCUCAUGCUGGAGUGGAGAGAGGAGGGGGUGGCACAGAGGAGGCGCACACAGGAGGGCGGUGGCAGCAGUAGCAGUAGCAGUAGCAGAAGUGGGGAAGAGGGGGUUGGGGGCGUGGGGAGGGGCAGCAGCAGGGGGUGGCAGGGGGAGGAGUUGUGUGAGCCUGACGUGGUCAGCACUGUUGGCGCUGGUGCCUUCACUGCUGGGCUUGUGGGAUUAGUCGCCACCCGUGCCUCGCCGGCCCAUCGCUUCAAGGCGGGUGCUCUCCACACCGUGGCCGGUGCUGCCCUCGCUUUCCCCCUGGGUGAGUCGCACCUCUUGAGGUGGUUCCUUAGGCGCCUCAACAGCAUUGAGGUGGUUUCUGAGGUGGUUUUUGAGGCGCAUAAAAAAACCGCCUCGCCGGCCCAUCGCCUCAAGGCGGCAGCUCUGCACACCGUCGCCGGUGCUGCCCUCGCUUCCCCCCUGGGGCGGCAGCUCUCCACACCGUGGCUGGUGCCGCCCUCGCCCUCCCACUGGCCCUCCUGCACUCAGCGCUCUACUCCUUGCUGCCCCAGCACCACAGCACAGCAGCAGCACACGACUUUUGAGACGUCUCAACAACCCGCUCCCCCUGCCCCUUCCCUCUCUCUCCGUGCCCCACCUGCAGCCCUCCUGCACUCGGCGCUCUACUCCUUGCUGCCCCAGCAUCACAGCACAGCAGCAGCACACGGCAGCAGUGGAGAGGGAGAGGGCGCUCAGGGGAUUCCUCAGGAGAGAUCUCAGGUGGACUCUCAGGUGGGCAGUGGCAGUAGCAGCAGUCCUCUCAGCGGCGGCGGCAGCGGCGGCGGUGUGGCGGGAGCCAUUGAGCGCAUGGAGGAACGAUUCAUGGGGUCUUUUGGGCACCUGGGGGGCAACCACGGAGGAGGGGGAGGAGGCGGGGUUGUGGGUAGAGAGGGUGAGGGCGGAGGAGAGGCGAGAGGGGAAGCUUCGGAGGGUGAGGCGGGAGGGCAGGAGUCAUGCACGGUAGUGGCAGGGGAGAGCAUGGGGAGCAGAUGA